GAGCCAAUCCCCUUGGUGAAGGAGUCUCUGCAGAUCCUCGGCUCACAGGGGCAGGGCGGAAACCGUGUCUGGUCGCGGCUGGAUCUCUGAGGGUGCUGGCUGCUGACGCGUUGAGGCCGGCCAGAGGGGCGCCUACAGACAGGAGAGACAACCAACGAGACCAUGUCUGGAGCUGAAAUGGACCAAGCAGUUGGUGAGCCAAUGGGAGACGAGGUCACACAGACAUAUUUGACAGAAGACAUUCCAAACGCCAAGAAGUGCACAGUGAUUGGAGGCUCUGGGUUCCUGGGGCAGCAUAUGGUGGAGCAGUUGCUGGCAAGAGGCUACACCGUCAAUGUCUUCGAUAUACGGCAAGGGUUCGACAACCCCCAGGUGCAGUUCUUUCUGGGUGACCUCUGCAGCCGACAGGAUCUGUACCCAUCUCUGAAAGGUGUAAGCAUAGUUUUCCACUGUGCAUCACCCCCGCCGUCCAGUAACAACAAGGAGCUCUUUUAUAGAGUGAAUUACAUUGGCACCAAGAAUGUCAUUGAAACUUGCAAAGAGGCUGGAGUUCAGAAACUCAUUUUAACCAGCAGUGCCAGUGUCAUUUUUGAGGGUGUCGACAUCAAGAAUGGAACCGAAGACCUCCCUUAUGCCAUGAAACCCAUCGACUACUACACAGAGACGAAGAUCUUACAGGAGAAAGCAGUCCUGGGUGCCAACGAUCCUGAGGGGAAUUUCUUAACCACAGCUAUCCGCCCUCAUGGCAUUUUUGGCCCAAGGGACCCCCAGUUGGUCCCCAUUCUCAUCGAGGCAGCCAAGAAAGGCAAGAUGAAGUUUGUGAUCGGGAACGGGAAGAACUUGGUGGACUUCACCUUUGUGGAGAACGUGGUCCACGGACACAUCCUGGCAGCUGAGCAUCUCUCCCAAGACACAGCCUUGGGUGGAAGGGCAAUUCACAUCACCAAUGACGAACCCAUCCCCUUCUGGGCAUUCCUCACCCGCAUCCUGACCGGCCUCAACUACGAGGCCCCCAGGUACCACAUCCCUUACUGGGUGGCCUACUACCUGGCCCUCCUGGUGUCACUCCUGGUGAUGCUGAUCAGCCCAGUCAUCCAGCUCCAGCCCACCUUCACACCGAUGCGGGUUGCACUGGCUGGGACAUUCCACUACUACAGCUGCGAGAAGGCCAAAAAGAUCAUGGGCUAUCAGCCACUGGUCACCAUGGAUGAGGCUGUGAAGAGGACUGUGCAGAGCUUUCACCACCUGCGGAAGGUCGAGUGAGGCGCCCCAGAGCUUGGGCCCCUCAGCGCGUUCCCCUAGCCCGUGCCUGGCUCCCUGGGGACCAAUAAACUAACAUCCUUCCAUUGA